AGGAAAGAAAUACAAAACUGCUUAAUUAAAGAAAAUAUUUAAGCUGUGUAUAAUAAAAUAAUUGUCAAUAAUACUCCAAUAAUAGCAGCAUUUUUAUUUUUAUUCUAGAAACAAGCACAUACACAACACUAUAUCUGGGUAGGCUUGGUGAAACAAAGAAGCUAGCUGGCGUGUGAAAGGUAUAGUGAGGGUGUCUGCCUAAUGUCAAUAGGCAAGGAGUUCCCACAGGUGCUGCCACAGUGAAAGGCUGACUCCUCCCAGAUGUGGAAAUACUGAAGUUUACCUCCACUGGGUUUCAAACCCAGUUUUGAGCAGUUCAGCCUGGAGCUUGCCUCUGGGGAUUUGGGGCUUGGCUGCUCUAGUGCCCAUCCCUAAAAACACAUUUCACGUAAGGGCUUUGUGAGCUAGUACCCCAUUGGGUUGGAUCCGGCUCUCUCAACAAGACAUGUGGGAUCCUUGGUCAGACUGUUGAGAACUGGAGGCAGUCAGUGUAAGCAACAUUGGGGCACUGCUGCUGCUGCUGCCGCCACCACCACUACUGCCUUCCUCAGAAAGAGGAGAGAUCACUGGGCAGUGUUCCAAAACCUGCUGUCAGUCUGUCUUCAAAAGGAUUGAGACUGAGGAAUGACAUGCCCAUCACUGUCGCCCCUGAGGCCCUUCAUCUCUGUGACAGCAGACUCUGAGCACAGGCACCUUCCUGACGUCCUGCGGGAUCAGGAAAGGACAGCUGCUUCUCAUAGGCCAUGUAUUGUUCUUAAUUAACCAGCGGCUGCAGCUCUUGGAGACAAAGCUUACGGGUGGCUUCUGCCAAGACACCUCCACCCCGUCGCCACUGAGCUGCAGUCCAGUAUGCAGCACAGCUUCGAUUCUUCUGCUCCUCUCCUUACCUUGGAACCAAACGAGAUCUGGCUUGGAGUUGUCUUAACACACUUGGGUGAUGCCAGCAGUGGAGUUUGUGCCGUAACGGCUAGAAUGUGCCAUUUGGGAAGUAAUGAUUCCUAAUGGUUAGAGCUGGAUAGUCUGUGAGCCAGAUAGAGACAAUCUGCUAAAGAUAGCAGAAAAGUAAUAUUUUUCAGACUGGUGCAGGAGAAAUUGGGCAAAGGGGAGCAUCCUCCCUAAGAUUCUAGCCAGAGUGGGGUUUAAUGUUUGAGAGGGACAGAUAAUCACACCUUGCAAACUGACUGCUGGGUGGAAUUUGUGUGUAUGUUUAUCAGACUCCUCGUAGCCUUUAGUGGGAAGACACACCACUGUUGGCCCCCACCCAUGAAAUGUGAUAUAUUAUGUUUUUAAAUCAUACAGAGACAACAUGAAACAAAAACGGAGGGGAAAUAAUAAUAACAAUGUUGAGCUUAACUAAAUAAGAAUCUCAAUGUAUUCCCUGCAAAGUAUGUGGGUUGGAGUGUUCUUGUGGCUUAUUAUACCAGUACAUAAUGAAAACACACUCUUAAAGUUGAGUUAGCUUUUGUUUGAUUUCCCCCCUUUCCUUGAAGCAUGAAGCGACCAGUAUGUGGUGCUCUGUGCUUUUGGAAAUCCUGGUGUGUGGGUAGAUCUCUGCCGAUUCCUACUUUCAGAGAGAGAUGGGGGCGGGCGCUGGGAUACACGUCUGCAGCUGUGGCUGGCACAUUAGGGGUUAACUCCUCCUUACUUUGAGGCCAGGAGUUAGCUCUGCUGCGGCGGGUGGCUUCUCUUUGCCUGUCUGGCUCUGCCUGCCUCUUGGAAGAGACUGUAAUAUAUUUUUUGUCUCCUCCCUCUCCCCCCAUGUAGCUACGGUUGGUACAGCCCAAGCCGGCUCUGGAGCUGGAAUCCUGUGGGACUGCAGCUCUCAGAGAGGAGGCUGCGAAACACCGGCAAGAGCGGAGGCAGCAGGCACCUCUGUCUGCUUCGUCCUCGGUUGCCUUCUUGUGGGCACUCUGCCACCCCCAAGCGUACCCUGGAGGCUUUUUGGUCCACGCUCAGGGGGCAGAAGGUGAUGGGAUGCUCCUUGCCUAGCCUGCCAGCAUCUUGGUUUCCAGGUGGAGAAAAGGCAGAGGCUUAGCGAGGCCCUUAAGACUGCCAGAUCUAGAUCCACGGAGGGCCACGGUCCCGCCAGUUGCAGCCUGCACGCUCCCUCCCAGGACCUCCCCACUGCCUGAAGCAUUUUCCUGUUGACCUGCGCACCUCCAUGGAUGGCAAGUACAAAGAGAUAGCCGAGGAGCUGUUCUGCCGUUCGUUGGCUGAGAGUGAUAUGCGCAGCGCCCCCUAUGAAUUCCCAGAAGACAGCCCCAUUGAACAGCUGGAGGAGAGGCGCCAGCGGCUGGAGCGGCAAAUCAGCCAGGAUGUGAAACUAGAACCUGACAUUUUACUCAGAGCCAAACAGGACUUCCUGAAAAUUGACAGUGCUGCUGACUUACAAUUGUUUAAGGAGCAGGGAGAGGACCUGGUAGACCAGUUUCCCAAAGAACGGGAUGUGCUUCUGGAAAGGGAGUUCCAGAGGGUCGCCAUCUCUGGAGAAGAGACAUGCGGGGUGCCUUUCACAGACCUGCUGGAUGCUGCCAAGAGUGUGGUGAAGGCCUUGUUCAUUCGGGAGAAGUAUAUGGGGCAUUCUUUGCAAAGCUUCUGCAAGACCACAGCCCGCUUCCUACAGGACCUUUCAGAAAGGCCCUUGGCCCCCAGGAUGUAUGAGGAGAUCCCGGAGACCCCUGGGGCUGGAGAUGCUUCAGGGCACUCGCCAUUUACAAACCAGCAUCCGUAUGAGAAGUGUGAUCCUGAAUCAAUGCCUGGAGACCUUGGCUUUGGCCUGAAGAUGGUCAAUGGAGUAGUCCAUGUGUACACUAAGCAGGACAUCACCGACAAGACCACAGAACUAGACUUGCCUUACCCUGACCUGCAGGAGUUCAUUGCUGACAUGAAUGUCCUAAUGGCUCUGAUCAUCAAUGGUCCAAUAAAAUCCUUCUGCUACAGACGCUUGCAGUACCUGAGUUCAAAGUUCCAGAUGCACGUCCUGCUCAAUGAGAUGAAAGAACUGGCAGCUCAGAAGAGGGUUCCGCACCGCGAUUUCUACAAUAUCCGGAAGGUGGACACGCAUAUCCAUGCCUCAUCCUGCAUGAACCAGAAGCAUCUGUUGCGCUUCAUCAAGCGGGCUAUGAAGAAGCACCUGGAGGAGAUCGUGCAUGUGGAGAAGGGCAAAGAGCAAACUCUAAAGGAGGUCUUUGAGACCAUGAAUCUCACAGCUUAUGAUCUCAGUGUAGACACGCUUGAUGUCCAUGCGGAUCGUAACACCUUCCAUCGCUUUGACAAGUUCAAUGCCAAAUAUAACCCCAUAGGCGAGUCGGUGCUGCGGGAGAUUUUCAUCAAGACAGACAACAGAGUCUCUGGAAAAUACUUUGCCCAUAUCAUCAAGGAGGUGAUGUCUGAUCUGGAAGAGAGCAAGUAUCAGAAUGCGGAGCUGCGGCUCUCCAUCUAUGGCCGAGCCCGUGACGAGUGGGACAAGCUGGCCAAGUGGGCUGUGGCCCACAAAGUGCACUCCAACAAUGUGCGCUGGCUGGUGCAGGUGCCUCGCCUCUUCGAUGUGUACAAGACAAAGAAGCAGCUGGCCAACUUCCAGGAGAUGCUGGAGAACAUCUUCUUGCCCCUCUUUGAAGCUACGAUCCACCCUGCCAGCCACCCGGAGCUGCACCUCUUCUUGGAGCACGUGGAUGGAUUUGACAGCGUGGAUGAUGAAUCAAAGCCAGAGCACCACAUCUUCAACUUAGACAGCCCCUUGCCUGGGAACUGGGUGGAGGAGGACAACCCACCCUAUUCCUACUACCUUUACUACACAUAUGCUAACAUGGUGGUUCUGAAUCACCUGCGCAGGAAGAGAGGCUUUCACACCUUCGUGCUGCGCCCCCACUGUGGAGAGGCAGGGCCCAUCCACCAUCUGGUAUCUGGUUUCAUGCUGUCUGAGAACAUAUCACAUGGCCUCCUGCUCCGCAAGGCACCUGUGCUGCAGUACCUCUACUACCUGGCCCAGAUUGGCAUUGCCAUGUCCCCACUCAGCAAUAACAGCCUCUUCUUAAGCUACCAUCGAAACCCUCUGCCUGAGUACCUCUCUCGGGGCCUCAUGGUCUCCCUGUCCACAGAUGACCCACUGCAGUUCCACUUCACUAAGGAACCCCUGAUGGAAGAGUACAGCAUCGCCACACAGGUUUGGAAGCUCAGCUCCUGUGAUAUGUGUGAACUUGCACGCAACAGUGUGCUCAUGAGUGGCUUCUCCCACAAGGUGAAGAGCCAGUGGCUUGGGCACAACUACCACAAGGAGGGUCCUGAGGGCAACGACAUCCGGCGCACCAAUGUGCCAGACAUCCGGGUGGCCUACCGCUAUGAGACACUUUCCCAGGAACUGACCCUCAUCACGCAGGCUGUGCAGACGGAGGAACUGGAGACCAUCCAGGAGGAAGACCUUCUGACCAUGAGCUCCAGCUUGGAUGCUCGCUGAAGAAUGGCCAGCUCACAAUCUCCCCUCCAUCCCCUUCUUGGCCUGCCAAGGUGGGGCUGUCCUACAAGCAUGAAGAGACCCUGACCAACCCCCCCCACCUCACCUCACCCCAGCCCCAUGGACCGUUUUAAUUUCCUGUUGUGUUUUUGUUUUUAAGCAUAUUGUUAUCUUCUGUUAUCUCCUGGAAAGGCAUUAAUGGGUUGGGUUUUUUUUUUUUUUGCACUUGGUAACCUGCUUGGGCAAUGGAGGCAGGGAAAUUCCUUUUUGGGUCUCUAGAAUGAGUUCUAGAAAGGGAGAAGAGCAUCCUGCAGAUGUUGGCAGUGCUGUUUUUGAGCAGCGGCUGGACAGCAAAGAGUAAGGAUGUGGCAGAGACCUGCUGAGUGGACCUUAGAGGCACCUGGCGACAGUUGCAUGGAGGCCAAAUGAAGCACCAGCAUGGAAGCAUGUGUCCCAGUUGUAUUUGGAAUGAGAUGCUGUGAGUGUUUGUGUGGCUCUGCCAAGGGAUAGAGCAGAGUGGUGGUGCCUUCUGCUACGUUGGAUUUUUGUUUGUCUUCUGUUUGGCUGCUGGUAGCUGGAGUUUAUCAUUGGCCAAUAAAACAUCCUCUCUGUCUCUUAUUUCUCUUUGGUUAGGCAGCCCUGCAUUUUAUUAUCAGAGCAGCAUGUUGGCACGGCUCUGCCGUGCUGCAGCCUCCAGUGCAAAGCAUGGCCAUGUGGUGAGAGUCUUUUCUGUCUCAAGCCCUUAAACUCUGGUGUCCUUUGCUUGGGGAAAGCGCCAGUUCUCAACCCCCCUGCCUUAGGAGGCAAAAUACUGUGAGUGGCUGGGGAAUAGUGGGCCUUCAAGUCUAGCCCAGCAGGAUAAAGAGAAAGUAGCCUGCCGGAUAACUGGCAUUUUUAGCAUUUGUCUGUCCCUCUCUACAAUCAUGUAACAAAGAGGUCUUUAUCUAAGUGUAACAAGAGGAGCCGUAACACCCAUCCCAGCAGAGGCUUUUGCCUUAAGGUUGAAAUGGAUGUGACAUGGGCGUUCUGUGAUCAGCCAUCUUGAGUAUUCCUUUAUGUCCUUUUGAAACAAAAAACACACACCUUAAACAUCUGUUUUUGGUUGGAUCAGUGUCAUUGAGAGUGCAUGUGUUAAUACAUUUAUCCGAUUUAAACUGGUCCCCCCCCUAACCCCACAAGCCACCCUUAGCCCAGGAGCAGGGCGAAAAACAGUACCUGCAUCAUACUUGUAUUAUUUUCUUGGAACAUUUCUGCUGUUUGGGGAGUAGAUCAGCAAAAUGGUGCCCACUUCAGUAUCGCUGUUCCAAACAAAAUCUGACUCCUCCUCCCUGGAGCUGCUCUAGAAUAGCAUUGUUGUUUUUAACCCUACCCUGUUGGGUCAAAGAGCGGUUUCUUGACAAUUGCUUGAGCUUGGGGAGAGCUGUUAGCUCUCAGUACGCCUUGCCACGCUUGGGCACAGACCACAUGGGCAACCUCCUUUGUCCUCUGCAUUGGGUUGAGGAGAACAGCCUCUUGUGUCUGUCCUUGCAUAAUGCAUAUGUAUGUCAAGAUCUUCUUUCUACAUUUGGCAAGGAAACAUGCCAUAGGAAUGGUCUGGCUUUCUCACCAGCAAAAUUGCUGUUCUGGGACCUGACUGCGAUGCCUCCUGGUUAUUGCGAAUGGCGGCAACAGGCAGUAACUUCUGCCUCCUGCUGAAGCCAUGUGACUCAAAAUGGAAAUGCGCAGAAGAACAUGGAUCCGCGCCUUUCCCAGCUCUCCAAUUUGAGUCCUGCCCUGUGAAAGGUUCGUAACAGUUAGAAGAGUCCCCUCCACAAAUCUCUGGCCAGGCUGUUCACCAUCACAUCGCUUCUGAAGCUUGCUUGUGGGCAGCUCACCAUCCUUGACAUAUUGGGCCUCUGUGGCCCCCUUAGCAGUCUGUGUGCAACUAGUCGCAGUAAGGAAUUCCUUGUGAGCACAGCCGCUUGGAGUAGAAGGCCAGCCUCAGACAGUGCUCGCUCCUUUCAGACUCUCGGGCAAAGUCUGCAUUGCUCACGAAAAAAGGCUUCUCGGUGGUGAGUCGAUUGCACGCCGCCACCUCUCCUUUGCUGUUGCCAAGGCACUUUUGACCUUGUAGUUGCAAGCAGCUUUGAUUCAAUGGAAAAAUGUGUUUGCUAAACAUUAGAUGGGCAGCAGCAAUAGAAAUGGGUUUUUUUUUAUUUUUUCUAAGGUUGGGCAGGGAGCUUGCGGAGCCAUCCCUCUAGGCUGCUGUGGACCAGAAUCUGAAGAUCCAUACUGCAGCCAGUGCCUUGCUUAGAGUAGUACAUGGAGUGUGCCAAGACUGGGUAGAUUUCCCCUUGAGCUUCUACCUCUGAAACAGGCACUUGCUCUACUUUGUGUCCGUGUGUUUGUGUGUGUACAAGAGGGACGGAGAAUUCUUAAAGGGUCAAAAUGUUUUCUUUGUAUGACUGGCAUCUCACCUCCAUGGCCUGAAAGAAGAAAACCAUUUCUUCUUUCCUCCCCUACCUCUGUGCUUUUGUUUGGGUACCCGGAGAGUGCAGUGGAGGUGUUUUGCCUUGGUUUCAGCUAGCCUUGCGGAUCGGAGCCACAGCAUUUUGGUCUGUAUCUUUGUGAAGAUACGGAAUCUCGACUCAGGGAGUUGAAUGUUUCUUGGUCUAUGUCAAGAGGGUUCUCCUCUCUCCCCACAGAUCCCUCCCUCCUUCCUUCCUUGCCGCAACCUGCCUUGCUUCUCUUUGGUAUCUGGUGCGGCACACACCAUGUUAGUUUUUGCUUUGUUGUCAGAUGGAGAUGAAACCCAUAUCCCCCUGACAAUCACUGCAUCCUCCCUAUCACACACUCUCGAUAAUUUCGACGUAGUUUGGAUAAACUAUCUGCUUGUCUGUGCUGAAAUGUGAUGUUAGAAAUCCUAUCAAACAUGAGCAUGAUCCAUCAUUAAAGAUUAUUUAA